UAACAAGACCAUUAUUAAAACCUAGAAAGCCCAUUUAUGAAUUCAGAGGAAAAAAAGUGCAGUUCAAUUCUUUCUGUGUGUGUAUGUGUUUGUCAAAAGAAAAAGAAAACCAUUUCCAAUUUGAAUACCUUACAUAAUUGACAAUCUAAAUUAUUUCUAUCCUCCUUCAACGUCUUUGCCAAAUUGAAAUUAUCCUGUAACAGUUACUACUUAAAAUCUAGCAUAUCAAAUUUCUUAUUGAAUAAAGAUAUCCUACUUUAUAAAAUGUAUAGACCCUAUAGCUUGUAUCUUUUCUUCCCUUUUUAGCAUAUAACCAUGUCCUAUAUUUAAGCAAUUGACAAGCCGAUUGCUCCAAUAUGUAACCGCAGCCGAGAUGUAUCCAAUUCCAUGCAACAUAGGCAUAGACUGAUGGCUUUUUGAAUGUGUGGACUGUUGUUUGUUUUUCCCACAAAAAGAUCAAUUAAAAACUUGAUUAGGUGUCGUUUCUCAGUGGGGAAGAGGGAAGUCACUGAAUAUUUGUGUCCAGGCUUCAGUAGCAGAUAUCUCAGUGGAGACAUCGAUGGAUAAAGUUCAUCUUCCCAAGGGAAACAUGUGGGCUGUUCAUAAGUUUGGUGGCACUUGUGUUGGGACCUCCCAGAGGAUCAAGAAUGUUGCAGAUAUUAUUGUUAGUGAUGAUUCAGAAAGAAAGUUGGUAGUGGUGUCAGCCAUGUCUAAGGUGACUGAUAUGAUGUAUGACCUUAUCAACAAGGCACAAUCUCGAGAUGAUUCCUACAUUUCUGCACUGGAUGCUGUCCUAGAAAAACAUCAAUCAACAGCACUUGAUUUGCUUGAUGGAGAUGAUCUGGCUACUUUCUUAUCUCAAUUGCAUCAUGACAUUAGUAACCUCAAAGCAAUGCUUCGUGCAAUAUAUAUAGCUGGUCAUGUGACGGAAUCUUUCUCAGAUUUUGUUGUUGGACAUGGGGAGUUAUGGUCUGCUCAGAUGUUAUCAUAUAUUGUUAGAAAGAAUGAGCUAGAUUGUAAAUGGAUGGAUACAAGGGAGGUCCUUAUUGUAAAUCCCACUAGCUCUAAUCAGGUUGAUCCUGAUUUUUUGGAAUCUGAAAGAAGACUUGAAAAAUGGUUCUCUCAGAAUCCAUCUAAGGUAAUAAUUGCAACUGGUUUCAUUGCCAGUACACCUCAGAAUAUUCCUACAACUUUGAAGAGGGAUGGAAGUGACUUCUCUGCGGCUAUAAUGGGUGCACUGUUUAGGGCUCGCCGAGUCACAAUAUGGACAGAUGUUGAUGGUGUGUAUAGUGCUGACCCCCGAAAAGUUAGUGAAGCUGUGAUAUUAAGGACAUUGUCUUAUCAAGAGGCAUGGGAAAUGUCAUAUUUUGGGGCAAAUGUUUUGCAUCCUCGCACCAUUAUACCUGUGAUGCGAUAUGAUAUUCCAAUUGUAAUAAGGAAUAUUUUCAAUAUCUCUUCUCCUGGAACAACUAUCUGCCAUCCUGCAACCGAAGAUGAAGAUGGUCAGAGGCUAGAAUCUCCAGUCAAGGGGUUUGCAACGAUAGAUAAUUUGGCACUAGUAAAUGUUGAGGGAACUGGAAUGGCUGGUGUUCCUGGUACGGCUAGUGCCAUUUUUGGUGCUGUGAAAGAUGUGGGAGCUAAUGUCAUUAUGAUAUCCCAGGCUAGUAGUGAGCAUUCUGUCUGUUUUGCUGUGCCUGAGAAGGAGGUAAAAGCAGUUGCUGAGGCUUUGCAGUCUAGAUUCCGUCAAGCGUUGGAUGCUGGACGUCUUUCUCAGGUUGCAGUCAUUCCUAACUGUAGCAUAUUAGCAACAGUUGGCCAGAAAAUGGCUAGUACUCCAGGAGUCAGUGCCACUCUUUUCAAUGCUCUGGCAAAGGCAAAUAUUAAUGUUCGUGCUAUAGCUCAAGGUUGUUCUGAGUACAACAUUACAGUAGUUGUUAAGCGCGAAGAUUGUAUAAGGGCUUUAAGAGCUGUGCAUUCUAGGUUUUAUCUUUCGAGGACAACCAUAGCAAUGGGGAUUAUUGGACCUGGAUUGAUUGGUGGGACAUUACUUGACCAGUUGAGGGAUCAGGCAGCAGUCCUUAAGGAAGAAUUUAACAUUGAUUUGCGUGUUAUGGGGAUUACUGGUUCGAGGACAAUGCUUUUAAGUGAAGUAGGAAUUGACUUGUCAAGAUGGAGAGAACUUCUGAAGCAGAAAGGACAAGUUGCCGAUUUAGAAAAAUUUACCCAACAUGUGCAUGGAAAUCAUUUUAUUCCAAAUACUGUUUUGGUAGAUUGUACGGCAGACUCUAAUGUUGCAAGCUGUUACCAUGACUGGUUGCGUAAAGGAAUUCAUGUGAUCACUCCAAAUAAAAAGGCCAAUUCAGGACCACUGGAUAAGUACUUAAAGUUAAGAGCUCUUCAGCGACAAUCCUACACACAUUACUUCUACGAAGCAACUGUAGGAGCAGGUCUUCCAAUUAUUAGCACCUUACGAGGUCUCCUUGAAACUGGGGACAGAAUAUUGCGCAUUGAGGGCAUUUUCAGUGGCACUUUGAGUUAUAUUUUCAAUAACUUCACCGGCACUAGACCCUUUAGUGAGGUGGUGGCAGAGGCAAAACAGGCAGGUUAUACUGAACCAGAUCCGAGGGACGAUCUGUCUGGAACAGAUGUUGCAAGAAAGGUGAUAAUUCUUGCCAGAGAAUCUGGCUUGAAAUUGGAACUUUCUGAUAUACCUGUUCAAAGUCUCGUUCCAGAACCACUAAGAGCUACUGCAUCUGCUGAAGACUUUAUGGAGCAAUUACCUCAGUUUGACAAAGACUUGGCUAGGGAGAGACAGGAGGCUGAGGAAUCAGGGGAAGUCCUGAGAUAUGUUGGAGUAGUGGAUGCUGUCAAUCAAGAGGGAGUUGUGGAGCUGCGAAGAUACAGUAAAGAUCACCCAUUUGCACAGCUCUCCGGUUCUGAUAACAUCAUAGCUUUCACAACUACAAGGUACAAGGAGCAGCCAUUGAUAGUUCGGGGUCCCGGUGCUGGUGCCCAAGUAACUGCUGGUGGUAUAUUCAGUGACAUUUUGAGGCUUGCUUCGUAUCUUGGUGCCCCAUCUUAGGGAUGUUGAUACCUCCAGCAAUACUCCAAUUUAAGACACUCUUUUGUCUUCCAGACCUCCUCAUCCCCCUUUUCUUCCAAUAUUUGUAGGAAGCAUUUUAUUAAGUUGAGUGUUGUUUCUCUAGAGCUAUUGACGGCUGGCUUCUCUGUGAUGGAAACGGAAGGUAAGUGUUACCUGCUAAACUGGGUUAAAGAUCAGUUGGUAAGGGUGGAAUAGGCUCUAAUCAAAGAUCUUUCCUUUCUAUUAAACAAAUAAAUAAAAAUUACUCGACUUUUGACUUUUAAA